CGAUACCAAAACCACAAAGCUAGCCAGAGCUCUUCAGCAUCUUGUCUUACCUAACGAUUGCGUGAUCAAGCUCCUCCUGUUUACUUCAAAUAACGUCAAUUGCUCUCCUCAAACGUUAAGCCCCCUAUCCACUUAAACCUUCGUGCACUAAGCAUCCACCCCACCUCCCAAAGCUCUCAAUCCUUUGCACCCACCAAACACCAAACCUCCACCAUCAUGGCUCUCGCGCCCAAAUUCGCCGGCCAGAAACUAGCCUCCUCCUCCAUCCAGCCCAAAGCCGUCCACACACUGGAACUCUACCUCGACUACGUCUGCCCCUUCAGCGCCAAAAUGUUCGCAACGCUCUACACCACGCCUCUCCGCUCCACGCUGCUCACCACCUACGCCUCGCGCCUGGUAACCAUCUUCCGGCAGCAAAUCCAGCCGUGGCACCCGUCGUCGACGCUCGCGCACGAAGCCGGGCUCGCGGUGCUCAAGCACGCGCCGGACAAGUUCUGGGCCUUCAGCGCGGCGCUGUUCGCGCAGCAGACCGCGUUCUUCGACGCCAACGUCGUCAACGAGACGCGGAACGCGACGUACAAGCGGCUGGCGCGGAUCGCGGGGGACGUGGGCGUUGAUGAGGCGGAGGUGUAUAAGUUGCUCGAGAUUAGUGAUAGGCCUGGGGAGGAUGGAGCGCUGAAUGCGGGGAAUGGGGUGACGAAUGAUGUCAAGGUGCAGGUCAAGGCGAAUCGGCUGGUGGGCGUGCAUGUCACGCCGACGGUGGUGUUUGAUGGCGUGGUUAGGGGCGAGAUUAGUAGCAGUUGGACGAGGGAGCAGUGGGAGGAGUGGUUGCAGAAGAAUGUUGUGUGACUGGGUGCGGCUGGUCGUCGAGGGUCCGAAGGGAAGUGGAAGCUUUAUGGCUGUGGAGGGGAUCGAUAUCACGCUCAAAGACAGACAGGGUAUUGCCGGAUUGCCGGGAUAAAGUAAUAGAAACGACUUGCAUUUCAUAUGCCUGAUAAAAGAGAAGCAAAUAAUGGUCUGAGUCGGGUGUAUCAAGUAGACUCCUAGAGUAAGAGUGACAAAUGACUCCAUCACGUACCG